GGUUUACAUUAUAGAUUAUGGUCUUGCAAAAAAGUAUAGGGAUGCCCAGACACACAAGCAUAUACCAUACAGGGAAAACAAAAAUCUCACUGGUACUGCCCGUUAUGCUAGUGUUAAUACCCAUCUUGGGGUUGAGCAAAGUAGGAGGGAUGAUCUGGAGUCUCUUGGUUAUGUGCUCAUGUAUUUCUUGAGAGGAAGCCUUCCUUGGCAGGGGCUGAAAGCGGGCACUAAGAAGCAAAAAUAUGAUAAAAUUAGUGAAAAGAAAAUGCUUACUCCUAUAGAGGUGCUUUGCAAGUCUUAUCCAACUGAGUUCACAUCGUAUUUUCAUUAUUGUCGAUCAUUGCGGUUUGAUGACAAACCAGAUUAUUCAUACCUGAAAAGGCUUUUCCGGGACCUUUUCAUUCGAGAAGGUUAUCAGUUUGACUAUGUGUUUGACUGGACCGUUUUGAAGUAUCCCCAAGUUGGUUCAGGUUCCAGUUCCAGUUCUAGAGGGCGGACGGUUGGUAAGUUACCACUGAAUCCCGGGCCUUCAGCAGAAAGAGUGGAUAAAACCCCAGUGAAACCCGAGGUUAGAGAUAGAUUCUCAGGCACAGUGGAGUCAUUUGCUAGGCGUACCGGUUUGCAUGGAGAAUACUCAAGACACCGAUCUUCAGAACACGCAACACCAUCUAAAGAAAUGCAAGGUGACUCAGAUAGAACUCGCAUCACACGAACCAGUAGUACUUCAAAAAGAGCAGUCGUAUCAAGCAGCAGACCAAGCUCAUCUGGUGAGCCCAGUGAGAACCGGUCAAACCGGCUGGGUUCAGGCAGCGGUCGCAUAUCAACCACUCAAAGGCUCCACUCUCAACCCGGGUUUGAGUCCAAGUCAUCAUCUUUCACACGGGUUGUACCCUCAUCAAGAGGUGGUCGGGAUGACGCCCUAAGAAGCUUUGAACUGCUAACUAUAGGCAAGAGGAAAUAAGAAGCCGGUUUUUUCGUUGUGGGACCCUCAUGAAUAACCAUUGUGUCUCAUUUACAACAAAAUCUUUUAAAGAUUCAUCUUGGAUCUUGUAGUCCUGAAGAAAGAGAUUGUAUCUCACUUUAGGGUGAAUGUUCAUAUACUGUCAAAAUGUUUAUGUUGAAGAAUCAUUGAAACUGGAUAUGUCUAAUCAACCUGCAAUUAUGUCAGACCUGUAUUUUAUGAAUUACAUUUGAAAAAUAUGAACAUACUCUUUUUUUUUU